GUAAAAACGAAAAGAUGAAGAUUCUUAUUUUUUUAUUAUUUAUAUUUGUGUUAUUGAGGUGUUGUGAAAUUGUUGUCCAAAAUCAAAACUCGAAGCUGGGGGAAGGCAACGCAAUCGAAUUCCCUUCCCUUUCAAUUCCAAUUUCAAUCUCGAUUUGAUUUGAUUUGUUUUGGUUUGAUCGCACACACAGAGGCAUGGGUCAAACUUUUCGGAAGCUCUUCGAUACCUUCUUCGGCAAUACCGAGAUGCGGGUUGUGAUGCUUGGUCUUGAUGCUGCUGGCAAAACAACUAUACUGUAUAAGCUCCACAUUGGAGAAGUUUUAUCUACUGUUCCUACAAUUGGUUUUAAUGUGGAGAAAGUUCAGUAUAAGAAUGUUGUUUUCACUGUUUGGGAUGUCGGAGGGCAAGAGAAAUUAAGGGCACUUUGGAGGCACUAUUUUAACAACACUGAUGGUUUGAUAUAUGUUGUUGAUAGUCUGGACCGCGAAAGGAUAGGGAAAGCAAAGCAGGAAUUUCAGACAAUCAUAAAUGAUCCAUUUAUGCUCCACAGUGUCAUCUUGGUGUUUGCCAACAAACAGGACCUGAGAGGAGCAAUGUCACCAAGGGAAGUAUGUGAAGGAUUAGGUCUCUUUGAUCUCAAGAAUAGAAAGUGGCACAUACAAGGCACUUGUGCUCUUCGGGGAGAUGGCCUUUAUGAGGGCUUGGAUUGGUUGUCCACAACUCUGAAGGAGAGAAAAGCUGCCGGCUACUCUUCAAUAGGACUAGGAACUUCAUCCUUCUAAUUUUCAAGCGGUAUUUUGGCCUAGGGUUUGGCGAUAGAUGAACGUGUAGGGUGUGUGGUCAGUUCUAAGUCGAUGUAAUUGAUAAUUAAUUCUUUCGGGUUACAUCUGAAGCUCUGGCGAGUAUGGAGUUGCUUUGCCUUUCAGGGUGCUUAAGAUUUGUGACUUGCUUCAAUUAUAAGAGUUUGUGCAUGACGAAUGAUUAACUAAAUUCUUUUGCCAUAUUGAUAUCCCUCGUGCACUGGAUAGAUGGUCAUGUACUAGAUCACUUGUUCAUUCUCCCUCGAUUUCCCCCAUCUCACACAUUGUAGUGUGUCUGUGAUUGUUGUGCCUGUGGUGAUUCAUAAAAAUAAUGAUUCUGACUGACAAAUGCAUGGGGAUAUUGUCAUGAUUUUCCCUUCGCCUUCGUUUUCUUGUGAUUCAA